GAUUUUUUUCUCCUUUUUGUGUGAAUGUAUUAGCCAAGUAACGCUCACACAGACAGUCACGAGACCAUCGCAAUAAUGAAUGGUUGCAUAACGUGUUACUAAAUAGUGAGAAAAUUAAAUAAAUUUUGCCCAAACCGAAAUGAAGCCUAGUUUAGCAUGUUUACUAAUAAUACUAGUAAAUUUCGUCGACUGGGGAGAAGCAUUUUCCGUCUCCGUCCCCCCGGUGCGUUCCGUCUGCAAAAACAUGCAACCUGGCCACGAUAGCUACAAGGCACAGCAGUCUUCCCCCCCAUUCAAUGUGACCACGGACGUUGCCCAAGUUCGAGGAGGAGAAACGGUCGAUGUCACGAUCUAUGCGAAAAACGGAGAAAAAUUCAAGGGCUUUUAUGUCCAAGCUAGGGACGAAAAAGGCACCCCGAUCGGAACAUUUAAUGAGAAUACUAAUGCAAAAACGCACAGUUGCAGUGGAAUCAAAUCGAAUGCUGCCCAUCAUGUAAAUUCAGAGGACAAAACCAAGGUUCAAGUGUCCUGGACGGCGCCUGCAAGUUACAAGGGAACGGUGCAAAUUCAGGCCACCGUCGUGCAGCGAUUCACGACGUACUGGAUGCAAAUAAAAGCUAACCCGAUUUCCAUUGUCAGCUAAAAAUUAUCACUAUCAAAUUUAAAAUAAAACCAAAUCGUCUGUUGCAAAGUCGAGAGAACCACAA